AUGCUGGACACUGGUGCCUCUCAUUCAAUUAUCAACAGUGCAAUAGUCAAAGAAAAGUUCGACCCGAUAGUUGUAGCACGGUUCCAAACGGCAACAGGUGAGGAAGCUGCUAUUAAAGGCAUCAAGGAUUCCGCAGCUGCAUGGAUUCGCAACUGCGAUCAGUGCAGCAAAUCGAAAGGCUCGAAAAGUAAGCCACGAGGGUGCUUGCAGCAGUAUAAUGUGGCUGCACCGUUCGAAAGAAUCGCAAUGGAUAUUGCUGGACUAUUUCCAGCCAGCAAUGCAGCAAAUAAAUACGUACUGGUAGUCAUUGAUUACUUCAGUAAAUGGUCAGAAGUAUACCCCAUAGCUAACCAAGAACCAGUUUGGAACCCCCAUCGAGCUGCAUUCAGACCAAGAACCAGAACGACUCCGUUGCAUCCCCAGUCUGAAGGAAUGGUCGAAAGGUUUAAUCGAACGCUCCAAGGACAUCUGCGAAAAGAGAUCGACGACAAUCAGCAGAAUUGGGAUGAAAACAUACCAAUCUUUUUCAUAGCAUACAGGUCAUCAGUGCACAACACCACUGCUCUACCCCCUGCGCAGAUUUUGUUCGGGUCUAAUCUGAGGCUAACAGCAGACUUGAAAUUCGGGACACCCCCUAAUGUCCAAAGGACCGAGACCGAAUAUGUUUCUAGAUUGAGAGUGAUGUUGGAUGAAAUGCACCGACAGGUUCGAAAUAAAACGCAAAUUGUAAGUGACAGAAUGAAAGCAAGAUACGAUCUAAGGGCUAACGCUGACGGAUUUAAGGAAGGGGAUUUAGUGCUAUUGUACAAUCUUUUAGGUAAAAAAGGUAUGUCACCAAAACUGCGAUGUAACUGGAAGGGUCGUACAAAAUCAUCACAAGGAUAA